GAGGAGAGCCCCCGCCCCCCUUCACCGAGGCCUGUGGCUGGGGCCGCAGGGAGCAUCGAGACCGGCUCCUGGAGUAGGGGCAACGCACACAACCCGUUCCCUCCCAGCCCCGCCUGACGGGGAGUGGGCUAUCGAGGAGAGGCUGGGGCUGGAGCAGCGCCACGGGGCCCAUCACUGGUGCCUCCCCCCCUCCCUGGACUUGGUCGCGCCCGAAGUGUAACACUUUCUCUUUGUCGGAGCAGCUCGGCUGUUUCCUGUGCAGUAGCUCCCGUUGCGGCGGCGCCGGUGGCAGCCCUGGCGGACGCAGGAGCAAUGGCAGCGACAGACAUAGCUCGCCAGGUGGGUGAAGGUUGCCGAACUGUGCCCCUGGCUGGACACGUGGGGUUUGACAGCUUGCCUGACCAGCUGGUGAAUAAGUCAGUCGGCCAGGGCUUCUGCUUCAACAUCCUGUGUGUGGGAGAGACAGGAUUGGGCAAGUCCACGCUCAUGGACACCCUGUUCAACACAAAGUUCGAGGGAGAGCCAGCUACCCACACGCAACCGGGUGUCCAGCUGCGGUCCAAUACCUAUGACCUUCAAGAGAGCAAUGUGGGGCUAAAGCUCACAAUUGUUAGCACUGUGGGCUUUGGGGACCAGAUCAACAAAGAGGACAGCUACAAGCCCAUUGUGGAGUUCAUUGAUGCCCAGUUUGAGGCCUACCUGCAGGAGGAGCUGAAGAUCCGCAGAGUGCUGCACACCUACCACGACUCCCGCAUCCAUGUUUGCUUGUACUUCAUCGCCCCCACCGGUCAUUCCCUGAAGUCUCUGGACUUAGUGACGAUGAAGAAGCUGGACAGUAAGGUGAACAUCAUCCCCAUCAUUGCCAAAUCUGAUGCCAUUUCUAAGAGUGAGCUAACAAAGUUCAAAAUCAAAAUCACCAGCGAGCUUGUCAGCAAUGGGGUCCAGAUCUACCAAUUCCCUACAGAUGAUGAGUCGGUGGCAGAGAUCAAUGGAACCAUGAACGCCCACCUGCCAUUUGCUGUCAUUGGCAGCACAGAAGAACUGAAGAUUGGCAACAAGAUGAUGAAGGCACGGCAGUAUCCUUGGGGCACAGUGCAGGUUGAAAAUGAGGCCCACUGUGACUUUGUGAAGCUGCGGGAGAUGCUGAUUCGGGUCAACAUGGAGGAUCUGCGGGAACAGACCCACACCCGGCACUAUGAGCUGUACCGCCGCUGUAAGCUGGAGGAGAUGGGCUUCAAGGACACCGACCCUGACAGCAAACCCUUCAGUUUACAGGAGACGUAUGAAGCCAAAAGGAAUGAGUUCCUAGGGGAGCUCCAGAAAAAAGAAGAGGAGAUGAGGCAGAUGUUCGUCCAGAGAGUCAAAGAGAAAGAAGCAGAGCUGAAAGAGGCAGAGAAAGAGCUGCACGAGAAGUUCGACCGCCUGAAGAAGCUACACCAGGAUGAGAAGAAGAAGCUGGAAGACAAGAAGAAAUCCCUGGAUGAUGAAGUGAAUGCUUUCAAACAGAGAAAGACGGCCGCUGAGCUGCUCCAGUCCCAGGGUUCUCAGGCUGGAGGGUCACAGACUCUGAAAAGAGACAAAGAGAAGAAAAACUUUUUUUAAUCUUGUCUGCAGCAGCUGCACUCAGUCUAAAGGAGAAGACUGCCAUUAUAGAAGAGUUAGGGUUCCAUAUUGUCUCAAACCAGAAACCAACCAAUUCCCUCUGCCCUCAAAUUAUGCAUGUGUGCACAUGCGCGCACACAUACUCACUCAACAAGUGUUCAUGUGUCCCUAUGUCCAGGCAACAAGCUCUCUUCUGACUUACAUGGUAUUUUAAAUGGAAGUGUCUUGUACUAACCUAACAAGGCAGGAAAAGAACUGGCAGAGCUGGAAAAUGGAACAAAUGUAACCUCAGAGAGACAACUACAGGAGAACUCACCCACGUGUAAGUGACUGGGGCAGGAGACCUCAGCUGUGGUUGUGGAAGUGCUGUUCAAAAGGUGUUUGAGCUCUGUGUUUUUCUUUUUGAACAAUUCUCCCAUUCCAUGGGUUGACUGUCUCCAACCACUAUUAAACAUUUCUGAAUAUGGAAGCGAAAGCCAAACAACACUUGUGUCUUUUUCAGCAUCCACAGACCUCCUGCAGACCCCCAGCAAGGGGCACAUGGAUCCACUAGCUAACGCUCAAGUGGAGAAGGGAGAAACAAGACAGGGGGUUCAGCUUAGUGAGAGCACAAUAACUCCAUUCAACCUUCCAAGGCUAGCUGGGGCUUUGAGAUGAGUCUCUGCCCACCCUGAGAUCUGGAGGGAGCGCUUUGGUGUUCAUGAAUCUGUCUUGAGUUCGUUGAUUUACCUUGCAUCAAAAUACCAUGUGAGUGUGCUCAUUGUCAUGUACUCCUGCCAUCACCAUUUCGCUGUCCAGUGUCUCUUGAGAGAGCCUUUUUGCAUGUUUUCCAGAAUCUGUUUGUUUUUCCUUUCUUCUCCUUUGUUCUUUUUGCCCAAAGGUGUGACCGGUCACUGCCCCUCUGGGGCCUUCAUUUGCCAGGAGAAACAUCCCAGAACCAGCACUGUUUAGCUUGAUACCUUUCUAAUGUCCAUGUCAAUUUUCAAUAAAAUUCAAAGAAAUGCUAAA